AUGAUGGGGCGGGGGAACCAACAGUGCGCAUGCGCAGUAGCUCCGCCUGUCUCUGUCAACAUGGCGGCCCCCGUAGACCUAGAACUGAAGAAGGCCUUUGCAGAAUUGCAAGCCAAAAUGAUUGAUACACAGCAGAAGGUGAAGCUCGCAGACUUGCAAAUCGAGCAGCUGAGUCGCGUGAAGAAGCACGCCAAUCUGACCCAUGUAGAGAUCACCUCACUGCCCAGCAACACUCGCAUGUACGAGGGAGUGGGACGCAUGUUUAUCUUGCAGUCGAAAGAUGAGAUUAAUAACCAGCUGCUGGAAAAGCAGAAGACGGCAGAUGAUAAGAUCAAGGAGCUGGAGCAAAAGAAGACGUACUUGGAGCGAAGUGUGAAGGAGGCCGAAGACAACAUCAGAGAAAUGCUAAUGUCCAGGCGUGCUCAAUAAAUCGCCCAUACAGCUCUGUUUCCACUUACCUUUCCACAACCUGUUAUUUUGUUUAAUAAUGUUUUGCAUGUUCUUUGGGGAUACAGUUAUCUCUAGGAACAGAACACAUGAAUCAUUGUUCUUUUCAGUGGGGGGGAUGGAUGAAUAUGGGUGUGGUGUGUCGGUCACUCAGUUGUUAAGCAUUGCUCCUAUCGCUGUGAUGUGUCAUGUUUACUUUUUCAUUGGGGUGUAAUAAAAAAGUUCUUUAUUUAA